CCCUCUCUCCCCCAAAAAACAAAGACAUAAUGAGAGUAGAAAUAAAACAAAAGGUGGUAGAUGCAUGAGUAACAACAACUACAAUCCUUUCUCUCUCUCUCUCUCUCCCUUUCUCUCUCUAAUCCCUUCAUCUCUCACCACCUUCAAUUCCAACCCACCACCACCGCCACCACAUCGCCUCUGAUUCUACCUUUGCCUCGGUUGCCACGUCCCCAUCAACCCACCACCCCACCUUUUCUUGUCUUCCCGGCGAGGCUGUGACAUUGUUCCCUAGGCAUAAUUGAAGAGGACAUAUGGUGAGCCUUCGAAGGCGUAGACUCCUUGGACUUUGUUCUGGGAGAAGUUCGUUCAUUGUUCCAUUUCCAAAGUUUCCCGAGAAUGGAAGCAUGCCUGGAAACUAUAUGCAGAAUACAAAACUGGUCGGUAGUGUCUUUUCCAAGCCUUCAAUGGAUGUUGACCAGCUGAAGGAGGAAACUACCGCUCUUGGAACAUCUAGUUUUUCAGCCUCCCCGCCUUUGAAAGAGCAGGAAAACGCAAAAUUCCCAGAAGUUAAGCGCAGAAAACGGCAUAGGAGGAAACACUUUGACAACCAAGAACCAUGCUUGAUGAGAGGGGUCUAUUUUAAGAACAUGAAGUGGCAAGCAGCAAUAAAAGUCGAUAAAAAACAAAUUCACUUGGGAACCGUUGGCUCGCAAGAAGAAGCUGCGAGAUUGUAUGACAGGGCCGCUUUUAUGUGUGGAAGGGAGCCCAACUUUGAACUCUCAGAGGAAGAGAAACAGGAACUGAGAAAGUUCGACUGGGACGAGUUCUUGGCAAUGACUCGAUCUGCAAUUACCAGCAAAAAAACUCGGAGAAGAAGCGGGGUAGGUGCAAGGAGAAAAUCUGAGUCCUCACCACAAAACAGUGAGGAGGGUGAGCAACAGGGCAAUGGUUUUUCAGCCUCAGAAGAUGCAGACCAAGACACAUCUGUUUAAUGAUUUUUUUUAAAUAUUUUUUUUUUGGGAAUUUAUACCUAUAAAAUGCCUGAACAUAAUUGGGUUAUAUUUCUGUUUAACCAUUCAGCAUAUCCUAUCCUGACACCCCAAGAAAAUUAUUUUUAUAUAUAUAUAUAUACAGAUGUCCAUGUUACUGCAGACAGAUAAUACUGAUAUUUCAUUGGCAAGUUCAAUCAGAUGUACUAAGGGUACCAUUCUGAUUUCU